UCGGAGCAGAGGCACCCAACCGAGGAUGUCUGGCGCGGGCCCCUUCCCGCUGCUGGUGGAGGGGUCCUGGGGUCCCCAGCCCCCCAAGAACUUAACUAUCAAGCUGCAGAAGUACUUCCAGAGCCCGAAGAGAUCCGGAGGCGGCGAGUGUGAGGUCCGCCAGGAGCCCGGGAACCCACAGCGCUUCCUGGUGCUCUUCUUCCCAGAUGAUGUUCGGCAGAGGGUUCUGGAGAAACAGAAUCAUGAGUUGGAAUUGCCAGGAACAGGAACAUUCAAGCUCACUGUCCGAUUUCCCAUAGCCCCAGAUGAAGGCUCUGUCUUUAAGGGGGAAAUUCUAACAAAGGAAUCCAGGGUGAAAGAAGAUGUCAAAGAACCAGAUGUAUCAGAAGAGCUGGAAGCAAAACUUUCUCUAGAGAGUACAUCAGAAAAACAGGAGGACAUCCCAAGAGAAUGCGAAUACGUUUCUUCUUUGGUGGCAUUUGAAAAUCUUCAGGCAAACGUGACUGAUAUAAUGUUGACCUUAUUCGUUGAGAGUAUAAGUGGCCUGCCCAGUGAUGACUUUCAGAUGGAAAUAAACCGAGACUUCGAUGUUGCUGUGGUUACCUUGCCAAAGCAUAUAGAGCCUAUGAAAUUUAUUGAUGAUUGUGCCAGGCACCAUUCAAUUAAAAAACUUCAGAUUUCUCCAAGACUUCUGGAAAAGACAAAAACAAUCAGGGUUGAAAAUCUGCCCCCUGGUGUUGAUGACUUCCAGUUACAACUUUACUUUGAAAAUCCAUUCAAUGGAGGAGGAAGAGUUGCCAGUGUUGAGUGUUUUCCAGAUGAGAGUUCAGCUCUCGUUGAAUUUUAUGACACAAAAGUGUUAGACAACAUCAUGUCCAAGGAACAUAACUUCAAUAAGAUGCCAAUAUCAGUCUUUCCCUACUAUAUCUCUUUGGGCACCGCCUUGUAUGGUAAGGAGAAGCCUCUGAUCAAGCUGCCAGCACCAUUCAAAGAGUCAUUGGAUCCACUCUUAUGCAAGUUUUUUCAGAAAGAAGGGCAUCUGAUUGAGGAGAUAAACAAUGAAAUGAGGCAUUGUCACUGUGAGCUAACAUGGUCCCAGCUCAACAGUACAGUUACCGUCAGACCUGCAGCCACGCUGGGCUGUCAAACAAGAUCAAAAAUCAAGACCUGGCAGAAAGAUGCAUCCACAGCACUCGCUGGCAUCAGGUCUAAAUAUGAAGUUAUCUCACUCCAAGUGAAGCCAGGAGUGUGGGACACCAUCAAACAAGAUAUAGAAGCUGAUAGGAUUUUGAUUGAGUUUGAUACAACUGAGGAGAUGAUGAUUUUAGCAGGAAAAUCAGAAGAUGUCCAAAACAUUACCUUGAAAACCAAGGAAUUAAUAGAAAACACCAUGCAAAAAAUUAGAAAGGAACAGGAGAGUCUGGAGGAAAAAGUGGCCAUUUCUCCAGGAAAGUAUUUUCUUUUGUGCCAUAGUGGUAUCCUGAAUCAUCUAGGAACAGAGUGCCCAGAGAUGGAACUCUCUUACAAUGAAUCUACUCACUACCUGUGUGUUAAAGGACCCCGUGCAGCUGUGUAUAAAUUAAAGAGUGAAGUCCUGGCAAUGAUGUUUUCCAUGGUUCAGAAAACACUUCAGAUUUCUUCUGAGGUCUCCAGUUUUUUGCAACAGGUAGACUGUAAAGAAUUGUCUCAGUUUCUCUUUAUAAAACAGAAAGUUCAUGCAGUCUAUGAACUAAAAGAUACAACUGUUGACUUGACCAGCUGUUCUGCUAAAGAUCAGGCACAAGCUGAAGAGCAAAUGCUCAGCGGCUUAAAUUAUAAACGCAUUGAAAUUGAGGACAAGGAAAUUCUUAACAGCAACAAAUGGAAAAAGAAAGUUAAUGAUUUGCAAAAGAAACACAAUUCCCACACAAAGGUGGUGGCAAUCACUGAAUUAACUUCAGGAUCUCCAGCUGAGGUGAUCAUUGCAGGCUGUGUGAAAGAAGUCAAUGAAAUCUAUGCCUUGCUUUUUGACUUCUUGGAAAAACAUAUGAGAAUAGAGAGAUUCAUUGAGGUCAAGCCAUCCUUGCUUCUAGACUACUUCAGGGCAAACAAGAAGGAAUUCUGGCCCAAGAAGACAAGUGUGCAGGUAAUUUUCAAGCCUGAAAACAGAAAGAAUGGCAUUUUACUGAUUGGUACCAAGAGUGAAGUACUAGAAGGCACAGACAUCAUUGCGAAAGUUCAGAAUUUAAUCUGUGUUAAAACCUUUAACAUUGAUAAGCCAGGAGCCAGGCAAUUCUUCCAGGAUAAAGUGUUGUUUUACAGAAGUGAGGUCAGACGGUUGUACAGCUGUUUCAUUGAACUCCAAGAGAACAAAGGAAAGGAGGAGGAGGGCAACAACUUUAAGAGGGAGCUGGCCCCUGGUGUCAUGCUGAUUGUGAAGCAGGGUGACUUGACUCAGUUUCCAGUGGAUGUGGUGGUGAAUGCUGCAAAUGAGACCCUCAGGCAUAUUGGUGGGCUUGCUGCUGCUCUCUUAAAAGCAGCUGGCCCUGAGCUUCAAGCAGAUUGUGAUGAGAUAGUGAAGAAAAAGGGCAAGAUCCUACCUGGCAAUGCCACCAUCUCCAAAGCAGGAAGGCUCCCUUGCCACCGUGUGAUCCAUGCCGUAGGGCCUGUGUGGAAAGAAGAUAAUGCCCAGAGGUGUAUACAACUAUUAAAGUCAGCUGUGAUUUGCAGUCUUCUUUUAGCUGAGGACAACAACUACCAAUCCAUAGCCAUCCCAGCUGUUAGUUCUGGAAUGUUUGGCUUUCCCUUACGACAGUGUGUGGAGACCAUUGUUAAGGCGAUCAAGGACAAUUGCCAAUAUAAUCACAAAGGUAGCUCCUUGAAAGAGAUUUACCUUGUGGACCCAUCUGAGAAGAUUUUUGGAGCCUUUGUUGAAGCUAUGAAAACUAUAUUCAAAGACCCAACUUCCCAUCCCAAGUCAGAGUCCUUAUCUGAUAUGGCCUCCCCCGUCCAUUUAACAGCAGUAGACCAACCUGUAAAGGUAACACAGGAUCAGCUAUGUCUGGUAUCACCAAGCGGCCUGAAAAUGCUGUUGGUGAGUGAAGAUGUACAGAAUGCUAAGACCCACAUCAUUGUCAACUCUGUUGCCUCAGAUCUUGCACUCAAUAGAGGGCCCCUCUCUCAGGCCCUCUUGAAAAAGGGUGGGCUGAAGCUUCAGGAGGAGUUGAAGGCUGCUGGACAAGGGAUCACUGCCAAUGUGGGCACCAUAUUCCAAACCAGUGGUGGUAAUCUGGACUGCCACUACGUGCUUCAUGUGGUAGCUCCAGAAUGGGGAGGUAACAGCACAUCUUCACUACAGAUCAUGAGAGACAUAAUCAGAGACUGUUUGGAGGUCACUGAGAAGCUGUCUUUACAAUCCAUUGGAUUUCCAGCAAUAGGAACAGGAAAUUUGGGAUUCCCUAAAACUGAAUUUGCUGACUUAAUUAUUUCAGAAGUAUUAAAAUUUAGCAGCAAUAAUCAACUGAAAACUUUGCAAGAGGUUCAAUUUCUGCUGCAUCCAACAGAUCAUGAAAAUAUUCAGGCAUUUUCUGAUGAAUUUUCCAAAAGGAAGAAUGGAAUUCCCAGUGACAAAGCUUCCAAGGCUGCAGAUACACAAGGUUUCUAUGGGGCUGUUUCCAGCCCUAAUUUAGGAGUGUAUGAAAUGAAAAUUGGCCCCAUCCUCUUCCAGGUGGCCUCUGGUGACAUCACCAAAGAAGUGGCAGAUGUGAUCGUAAAUUCAACCUCAAAUACGUUUAACCUCAGAACAGGGGUCUCCAAAGCCAUUUUAGAAGGUGCAGGACCAGAUGUGCAAAUGGAAUGCUCUCGCCUAGCUCAACAGAAGAAUAAUGAAUAUAUAGUUACAGAAGGUGGAUUAUUGAACUGCAAGAAAAUUAUUCAUGUUGUUGGUGGAUAUAAUGUCAUAAAAUCUGUUACCUGUGUGUUGAAAGAAUGUGAAAAAUUCAAUUACUCUUCCAUUUGCCUCCCAGCCAUUGGGACAGGAAGUGCUAACCAAGAACCAGAUAAAGUUGCUGAAGCCAUAAUUGAUGCCAUUGAAAAAUCUGUCCAGAAAGGAUUGAUUCGAUCUGUGAAAAAAGUUAAAGUUGUUAUCUUUCUGCCCCAAUUAGUGGAUGUGUUUUAUGCCAACAUGAAAAAAAGAGAAGGGUCUCAGGCUUCUCAGCCAUCUGUGAUGUCUAAAAUUGCCUCUUUUUUAGGUAUUCCAAAGCAGUCUUCCAAAAAUCAGAAACCAUUGAUUUUGGAAAGAAAAACAGAAGUGACAACUUUCCGAGUAUGUGGUAAAGAUGCAAGCUCUGUGGACAACACUAUCUCCUGGAUGAAAAAGCUGAUUGAAGAAGAGCAAUGUCUCUACACCAGUGAAGAUGAGUGUAUCAAAGACUUUGGUGUAAAGGAAGUUCAGAAACUGAAUGAGCUGCAGAGAAAUUUAAAUAUCAACAUUUCUCUGGACCAGACGAGACCUCUGAUCAAGAUUUUGGGACUUAGCAGAGAUGUGAUGAAGGCUAGAGAUGAAAUUGAGGAAAUGAUCAAGAGCUUUAGAUUGGCCAAAGAAAAGGAAAGCCAUGCAGAGUCUAUCAGUGAAUUUAUACAAUGGCAAUAUGAGGACAAUAGCACUUUUCAUAAUUUUGAUAAGAUAACAAAUCUGCAAUUGGAGCAUGCAAAGAAAGCAAAGGACAAGAGUACUGUUGUCAAAAUUAAUAAUCAGGACUACACACUGAACUUGAACACAUGCAUUGCCACUGGUCCAAAUGGACAGAGCUUAAUGGUUCAGCGCCUCACAAAACCCGAAGUUGCCAUCCCUGCAAACUGGAGUGACAUGAAGCAGCAGAAUUUGUGUGUGGUUGAGCUGCAACCUGGUGAUUCAGAAUACAACAAGGUGGCAGACAAGUUUAAUGAGACCUGCUCAAUGUUCAUCAUAGAAAAGAUCGAAAGGAUCCAAAACUUAGGUCUCUGGAAUAGCUAUCAGGCAAAGAAAAAAACCAUUGAUGCCAAGAAUGGCCACCAAAGGAAUGAGAGGCUGCUCUUCCAUGGGACAGAUAUUAACUCUGUGCCACAUGUCAAUGAAAAUGGCUUUAACCGCAGCUAUGCAGGGAAGAACGCUGUAUGCUAUGGAAAGGGAACCUAUUUUGCUGUUAAUGCCAGUUAUUCUGCCAAUGACACAUACUCCAGGCCAGAUGCAAAUGGGAAAAAACACAUCUACUACGUUCGAGUACUUGUUGGAGAAUAUACACUCGGAAAUCAAUCAUACAUUGUGCCUCCUGGAAAGAACCCUCAAAAUCCUACUGACCUGUACGACACUGUCGUAGAUAAUGUUCACAGACCAAGCUUAUUUGUGGUAUUUUAUGACUACCAAGCAUACCCAGAGUAUCUUAUUACUUUUAGACAGUAAUAUUUUGGAGUCCUUUUCCAAAAGAACCCCAAAGUCAAGAUACAGUAUUUUUCUCCAUUAACUUUUUCUAAGACUAAAUUAACAUCACUCUUUGUCACUGAAA